AGUCACGGAGGGACCCCUCUUCCUUCUCGUGGGUGUGGAGCAAGGCUGGGUUUGGCUUUUUUUUUUUUUUUUUUUUUUUUUUUUUUUCUUUUUGGGGUGGAGCGAUUAAUUUGCAGAGCCGGGACGGGGCUGCGGAGCCGCCACCGCCACCCGCAGCUCCGGCCGCCGCCUCCGAGCCUCCUCCGGCCCCAAGAUGCAGUAAGGUGUGGAGAAUGAUUCAGGUGUGAAACUGCAAAUUGGCCAUGCAUUGAUGAAGGAGCAGCUGCAUGUACUGACAUCCAAUUUCCCAUCCUUACAUCUGAUUUGAAUUGAUGGUGAGAGGAAGCAUAAGGUAUCUCUCAUUCUGUUUGGACUCCUUGUUUACAGAAGAGUGAUGGAGAUGUUAUUACGCACAAAAAGGAUCACCAUAUGCCUGUUUUUCUUUGUACUGAGUUUGGCAGCAGCUAUUGAAAUACCAUUAUCAGUUGCACAGCUUCCAACAAUCACGGAGCAAUCUCACACCCAGGUUGCCUACCCUUUUGAUGAGGACUUUACAAUUAAAUGUGAAGCUAGAGGAAAUCCACAGCCCACUUUCAACUGGACUAAGGAUGGAAAACCAUUCAAUUUAUUGUCUGAUCCAAGGAUAAUUACAUUUAACAAUUCUGGGACAUUUGUGAUUCAGAACCAUGGAAUCAUCACAAAUUUUCAAGGGAAAUAUCGUUGUUAUGCAUCCAACGCACUAGGAACUGCCAUGUCAGAAGAAAUCGAACUAAUUGUUCCAAGUGUACCAAAAUUCCCAAAGGAAAAAAUUGAGCCCCUUGAUGUGGAGCAUGGUGAUUCUGUGAUCUUGCACUGUAACCCCCCAAAAGGCAUCCCACCUCUGCAUAUCUAUUGGAUGAAUAUUGAUUUGCAGCACAUUCCACAAGAUGAAAGGGUCUCCAUGAGCCUUAAGGGAGAUCUCUACUUCGCAAACGUGGAAGAAAAUGACAGUCGAAGUGAUUAUUGUUGCUUUGCAGCGUUUCCAAGACUGAGGACGAUUGUACAGAAAAUGCCAAUGACACUGAAGGUUUCCCGUUUUAAGCAUGCUAAUGACUCAGGCUCACCUAAUGCUGCGGUUACUAAGGCAAAUUUUAUCAAGGAAAGAAAACCCAAACUGCUGAUCCCUCCUGAAUCUGCUGGCAGUAGCUCAUCAGUCACUGUUAUCAAGGGAGGUGUCCUGCUACUCGAGUGUAUUGCUGAAGGGCUCCCAACUCCUCAUAUGAGCUGGGUCAAAGUUACUGGAAACUUGCCCAAGGACAAACCAGUAACAGAAAAUUUUGGGAAGAUCCUGAAGAUAGAACAAGUGUCUGCAGCCGAUGAAGGAACUUACCAGUGCACGGCGAGCAACCCCGUGGGCAGAGCGAAACACGAAUUCCAUGUUCAUGUGGAAGAGCCUCCUCGGUGGAUUAAGGAGCCCGAAGGUGGUGUUUACAGCGUAGGAACAAACCUUGUGCUGCUAUGCGAGGCGAUUGGCAACCCAGAGCCAACCAUUCAGUGGAAACUUAACGGGAUGCCCAUUGAUAGUAGGACCUUCAGAGGGAGAAUCUCUGCCAGAGAGAUCAGCCUUACCAACCUUCAGCUUCAGGACAGUGCCGUGUACCAGUGCGAGGCCAGCAACAAGCAUGGUACCAUCCUUGCUAGUGCCAACGUGAAUGUCCUCAAUAUUGCCCCCUUAAUACUGACCUCAGAUGGUGAAAACUAUGCCACAGUUGUCGGUUACAGUGCCUUCCUGCACUGUGAAAUUUUUGCCUCGCCUGCAGCAGAUAUUAGAUGGACUAAGGAUGAUAGCAUAGAGCCACUCUCAACAUUACGCUAUGAAUUAAACAAAAAUGGCACCCUAGAGAUCAAAGAAACAAAGAAAGAAGACUCAGGAUCAUAUGCUUGCUGGGCUUCAAACUCGGUUGGAAAAAGAGCAAUCACGGCGAAUCUGGAUAUAAGAGAUGCUACAAAAAUUGUCGUUACUCCGAAGAACCCCCGAGUGUUGAAAUCACAUUCAAUUUUGUUGAAAUGUCAGUCUGAGUAUGAUUCACACUUGAAAAACAGCUUCAAAUUAUCCUGGAGGAAAGAUGGAGAUCAGCUGCCAGUCAACAGCACACAAGACAGCAGGAUAAUUAUGGACAUGGAUACACUGUUCAUAUCAAGUGUGACGCUGGAAGAUCAAGGAGUUUAUACGUGUGUGGCUAGCACUUCCCUAGACAGAGUCACAGCAGAAUCACGGUUAAUUGUUCUUGAUGUUCCUGAUCCACCAGAAGAUCUGCAGCUCUCAGAACAUCAAAACCGAAGUGUUCGACUGUCUUGGAAGGCUGGGGCCAGCCAUAACAGCCCUGUUAAUGAGUCCAUUAUAGAGUAUGAAGAGAGCCAGUGGGAGCCGGGGAAGUGGCAGGAGCUGACCCGAACCCCUGGGAAUGACACCACAGCCCUUCUGCCCCUGGCCCCAUACAUAAAUUACCAGUUUCGUGUCGUCUCCGUGAACGCUGUUGGAAGGAGCCAGCCCAGUAAACCAUCACUGCGCUAUGCAACGCCUCCAGCUGCUCCAGACAAGAACCCAGAAAACAUCCGAGUUGAAGCUUCUGAACCAAAUGAAAUGGUGAUGAAAUGGGAGCCGUUGAAGCCCUCGGAGCGAAAUGGGCCGGGGCUAGAGUACAAAGUCAGCUGGCGGCAGCGGGGCGUCGAGACCGACUGGAACGAGGAAUUGGUGAAGAAACACUCCCUGACCCUGAGGAACACCCCCACCUUCGUGCCCUAUGAAAUCAAGGUCCAAGCAGUAAAUAAUUUAGGAGCUGGUCCUGAACCAAACGUCACCACUGGAUAUUCGGGAGAGGACACUCCAGAUGCUGCUCCUUCCGGCGUCUCAGUGGAUAUUGUCAACAGCACGCUGGUCAAAGUCUUCUGGUUUGGAAUACCAAGAGACAGAGUUCGUGGACAUUUAAGAGGCUAUAAGGUCAGUUGGUGGAAAACAAAAAGCAUGCUGGAUGGAAAAAGACAUCACCCAGAGAAACACUUCCUAGCAUUUGUAGGAGACAGGAACUAUGGGAUGAUUCCUGGUCUGGAGCCCUUCAGUGAAUUCCGCUUGACUGUUCUGGCUUACAACUCCAAGGGCGAUGGACCGGAAAGCUCUCCUGUGGUGUUUGAAACUCCAGAAGGAGUCCCUGAACAACCCCGUUUUCUGAAAAUCCUGAACUUUGACAAGGACUCUGUCACUCUGUCCUGGGGACUUCCCAAGAAGGCCAAUGGCCACCUUACCGGCUACAUUUUGCAGUACCAGAUAAUAAAUGAAACACACGAAAUCGGGCCUCUGAGUGACAUCAGCGUGGCAAACCGGUCCACGCUCAGCUGGAGGCUCUCGGGCCUCAGUGCCAGCACCAAGUACAAGUUCUAUGUCAAGGCCUGCACAGCCAAGGGCUGCGGAAAGCCGGUCACAGAAGAAGGACUAACGAUGGCUCAAGGGAGUAAAGGGAUCGGCAAGAUUUCAGAAGCAGUAAACCCCACCCAAAAGUUUCACCCCAUUGAGGCAUUUGAGCCUGGAACUGAAUAUACAGUUCGUCUAGUGACUAAGAAUUGGGUUGAUAACAAUAGCAUUUUUGAAGAUGUAAUUGAGACAAGGGGGAGAGCCUAUGCUGGCAUUUACGAUGGGAUUUCUACCCAGGGGUGGUUUAUUGGACUGAUGUGUGCUGUUGCCUUGCUCACCCUACUGCUGCUAACUAUUUGCUUUGUCAGAAGAAAUAAAGGAGGAAAAUAUUCAGUGAAAGAAAAAGAAGAUUUGCAUCCAGAUCCCGAAGCUCAAUCAAUAAAAGAUGAAAUCUUUGGGGAAUAUAGUGACAGCGAUGAAAAGCCGCUGAAAGGCAGCCUCCGGUCAAUUAACGGGGACAUUAAAGCCACCGAAAGUGCUGAUAGUCUGGUAGAUUAUGGAGAAGGGGAGCACGGGAUGUUCAAUGAAGAUGGUUCAUUUAUUGGAGCUUAUUCUGGAUCUAAGGAAAAAGGAUCAGUCGAAAGCACUGGGAGCUCUACGGCAACUUUUCCUCUGCACGCAUAAAAUACUAGUGAGAAGAUUCAUGUUUAAUUGUGCUAUUUAUCUUGAUUAGUACUUCACAGUUACCACAAGUGAUUGGAAGCAGGUUGCCAAUUGAGACAGUCAGGAACCUGACAUCCAGGUAAUAGAAAAAAAAAGUCACUGCCACUAAGAGAUGAUUUCUGAGACUUUUCCAUCCUAAUUUUCAGGUGUUUUAUUCUAAUUGAAACACAACAAAACAUUCUUUAUUUUACAAAAUGUGUCACUCAGUCUUACCAAAAUGGAAUUUCUCAGUGUUACAUAUGUAUAGUUAACUGCUUUGCCAUGUUUCUUAGGUUUGGAAUAUGUUUCUCUGUAUAGCAUAUUUUUUUUCUUGUUUGGCUGUUGUCACUUUGUACAUACAUUUAUACACACUAUUCCCUCGUGUAUCACGACCUCAGCAUUACUGAGGUCAGAACAGGGCAAGGAAAGUGGACAAAAAGGCAGAUUACUCUGCAAAGUGGCACAGUGCAUCCUAAUGAGAAAAAAUGAUAUUUUAAACUACUUAAGAAAUAUAUUCUAUAUAUUAUAUAAUUUUUUCAUAAAUACAUAAACUCAUUUGCUUAUGAUAUUCUAAAAUUAUUUUAGUGGUUACAGCUGACUGCAAUUAUCAGUACUUUGAAAUGCAACUUUAUCCACAGAAAAUAUGCUUUCAAAAGACAAAGCUCUGGCCUUGUGGAUAAAUCUUCUGUCCAGUAGCUGGCACUAUUUCCUUAAAUAAGUUAAGCUGCAGUAACUUUCCUGUGGCAAGGCGAAACAGGGUUCCCAUCCACCAUCAUUGGAAAGAAUUUUAUUUUAUUUUAUUUUCCUUAGUCUCUGCAAUCUGCAUUUCUAAGCAAAGUGCUUUUUGUCCGUCUCAUAUCUGUAUAUUUGUGUGCUAGCAUACAUUUCAUGGAGACGUUGUACAGAUGAUAUUAAUAUUGACACAAGUGAAAAUUAGCAUUGUUUUAUUUUGAAAUGAGACGUUGCUAGCAUGGGUCUGUAUAGCUGUGUAGGAAUAGAAUUGCUUCUCAGUAUGAGUUUCAGCCAGCAAAACUAGUUUUUGACAGAGUUGUGUGUACACCAGUCAUAUAAAUCUUACUUCCUUUUAGGGUCCCAUAAAAUAGAUCUACCUGAUUUUUUGAGAGAUCGUUUAUUUUCACCAGUUCACUGUUAAAUAAACAAAGGCAAAAGCAAAGAGAAAAUAUUAUGGUAUAGUUUCUUUUAUAUUUUGUUUACUGAACACUGGUUUAAAUCUGGUUCUGUUCUUUACCAGUCCUUUCCACUACUAACUCAGCAAAGCUGUACAGCACAUUUUUUUGGUCUUUUUAUAUUGGAAUCUCCUGUUUUUCUUUAAAAAGAUUUGUAUUUUGAAAUAUGCUUAUUCGAGUUGUGUUAAUAUUGUUUCAUUUCUUUUUGAACUUACAAGUGACCAUCACUUCAAGUUAAAUAUUUUUUAAAAACUUACUCUAGGAGGUCCUAAAAGCCAUUUUAUGCCAUGGUAUUAAUUAGGGAAAUAUCUCUGAUGGCUCCUUCAUGGUCUCCAUUAUUUCAGUGGAAGAAAGAGAGGAAGCAAGAAUUACCCUCAUGGUUACGGGUUUACAGGUAAUGCCGACAACUAAAGCUCUGUUAGUUGCACACAGAGAUGUACUUGGCUGGCAGAGGAAAGGCCACAGGCAGCUAACCACACGUGGGCUCCUCACUGGGCAGCUGGACUGUCAGAUGUGCUCAGUGAUUUCUGAACAUAGGAAGGGGUCUUUGGUGCUCAAUGCUUUGAAUAUGUUACUCCUUUUUUUUUUUUUUUUUUUUUUAAACUCAUGAGGACCUUUCCUGCAGCCUCUGUUUUGAAAAAGCAACCCCCA